AUGACGUCGGGCAGUGGGAUAUCCCGAGAGUCUGGCCCUGGCGGUGCAGGGACGGGGGCGCCGCGAGUGCGGAAGCGCCUCUCUCCGGCGGGCCCCGCCCACUCCUGGGCGGCCGCGGAGGCAGCAGCGAGGCACCAUCGAGGUAGCACCGAAGCGUCGGGACAGAGCGGCGGCGGGGCCGCGAUGGCGGUGGAGGCGGAGGAGUACGAGUCGGUGCUGUGCGUGAAGCCGGCGGUGCUCGUGUACCGGCUGCCGCCGCGGGCCUCCAACCGCGGCUACAGAGCCGCGGAGUGGCAGCUGGACCAGCCGGCCUGGAGCGGCCGCCUGCGGAUCACGGCCAAGGGCAGCACGGCCUUCAUCAAGCUGGAGGACAAGACCUCGGGAGAGCUCUUUGCCCAAGCUCCUGUGGAGCAGUUCCCCGGGAUCGCUGUGGAGGGCGUGACAGACUCCAGCAGAUACUUUGUCAUCCGGAUUGAAGAUGGGAACGGCCGCCGGGCAUUCAUCGGGGUCGGCUUUGUGGACAGAGGCGAUGCCUUUGAUUUCAACGUGGCUCUCCAGGACCACUUCAAGUGGGUGAGGCAGCAGAGUGAGCUGGCCCGGCAGGCCCAGGACCUGGAGCAGGGACCCAAACUGGAUCUGGGCUUCAAGGAGGGACAAACCAUCAAACUCAGCAUUGCUAACAUGAAGAAAAAGGAAGGAGGGACAGGGGGCACCAGGCCACGUCCUGCAGGGCCUGGGGGCCUGAGCCUGCUCCCACCACCCCCCGGAGGAAAAUCCGGCUCCGGAGAGCGCCCGGCGCCGCUCUCCACACCCACCCAGCUCCCGGGAACUCCCAUCACAGACUCCCUGUUGUCCUGGCCUCAGCCCACUGCUGCUCCUGCUGCUGAUGUCUGGGGAGACUUUGCCAAAGCUUCGGGGUCAGCUUCCAGCCAGGCUCAGGGGAACACUGGCUGGGUUCAGUUCUGAGCCAGGCCUUGAUCUGCUUUUCCCCAUGUGCGUGCUGGGAUCCUCGGAAUUCCUGUGGGACCAAAGAAGCAGCCUCAGGACACCUCACUCCUGCCCUUAAAUCCCCCCUGGUGUUGAAAUGCUGGAAUAAGUGCUGGAAACAACCAACCACGUGCCUUAAAACACUCCACAGCCUGGGCCUGCCACAUCCAGAGCCUGGAUCAUGGGAGACCUCAGAGAUUUCUCCUUUGGGAAAAGCCAUCAGGUCCAUCCCUCUGCCUUCUCCUCGUGCUUUUGGGCUGGAUCAAUUCUUCCCUCAGCAAGGAGCAUACCCCUGGAGCCAUCCCACCUCCCAAAUCCACACAAACCUUUCCCUGCUAGGAUGCCAAGCACUGCCUGGAUUUUUUUCUGAGCACUUAGCAGGAUGUGGGGAGCCUGAUCUUGGCAUUUCCAUGCUGAAAUUCCUCAUUUCUUACUCUGGGAAGUUUGUUUUACUCCUCCUCUAUGUUGAAGACACGAUUUUUUACUCCUUUCCUUGGACAUUUUAUUAAGGACAAAACAAAGUCAGGUUCUUGGACAGAACUGGGGUUGAGAUUCCUCUUGAAGCAAAUAAGUAUCUCCUUACCUAUUUAUAUUAAGGCUUUUCCAAGUACGAAAUCCCACGUAUCCAACCCUUUGGAUUUUCCUUUCCAUUUCCAACUGGAUGAUGGGCAUUUUGCUUUCAGAGCUUUUCCCUGGGCCUGGCAAUGAACCCAGGUGAGAAUGUAAUGCUUACAAAUGAACAAUAAAAUGGUUUUGAUGCCAGA